AUGGCGGAAUCCACGUACAAGAUCCCAGAAGAGUACCAGUCACAGCUGAAGUAUGUGGCGUCGAAAGACAACCGUACCGAUGCCGAGAUUCUGGAUUCCUUGACGAAGCAUGCACCCAUCGCGUCCGAGAAGAACAUUUGGACGUUCUGGCAUGCCGGCGUACAGCAGAUGCCAACAUGGACACAGCGCAACAUCAUCAACUGGGUGCGACUUCACGGCCCUGAGUGGACGAUUCGCGUGCUCGACACCGCACCAGACUCGCCAAACCACGCGUUGACUUGGAUAUCGACCGACCUUCUUCCGGAGACCUUCGUGAAGGGUACGAUGACGGGGCCGCACCUGAUCUUCCUGGAGCUCUGGAAGGGACGUACCGACUUUACUGGCGUGGUGCAGUCGCCUCUCAUCAGCUUCAUCAAGCAGAUGAAUAGCAAGGAUCUUCAAGACUCCGGAUUUAAAUGGGAGUGGAAAGUCGACGAGCAGACUCUCAUCGGAUACAUUGGGCAGUGCCUCGCCUGGAUACGCUUGACGUGGCUGCAAGAGCCUAACGGUGGUUUCGAUGGCGUCACCUACUGGGCUGAGAAGGUCUUGCUGUGGCAUGCGCUAUCUGAAGACUUUCCUGCUGAGCACACUCUUGGCUUCGAUAUUAGCGCAGACUUUUUGAAGCUUUUGGCCAUGAGCGUGGGUGCUGACGAGUCCGACGCGGUGUACGAGAAGGCGAAGAAGGCCACGUGGGGGAUGUUGACGCAGAGUGUGAUGCAGAAGAUCACACAUGGCAAAGGGCUGGGCGAAACGAUUCAUAUUGGCACGUUGCUGGACCUUCCGGAAAAUGAGGGUAUAGAUGCUGCGCCUGGUACGUUGGCAGGGCUGCUGCGAUAUGGCAGCGUGCAUCUGGAGCAGACGAGGGAUAUGCCGUAUAUCAAGGCCCCUGCGGUGGAUCCCGAGUUCAUUCUUCACAAGGGAUUACUGGAGGCGUGA